GUGUGUUAGAUUUUGUUCGUGGUUUUCUUUUUUUUCGUUUACACUUUGUUUUUUCUUGACAUCGUGCGUGUACCCGUCGCUUCGUUGCCGCGCCGCGGGAGCCGCGCCACCAUGUGCUCUCGUGCCCCACCGAAGCGGUCGAAGUAUGAGGCGAAGGAUUUGACAGCGAAGGUAGAAAUCUUGAAAGCCGUGAAGGCCGGGGUGCCUCGGCAGGUAAUAAUGAAUAAAUUCAACGUGAAGAGAAAAACGCUCAGCACGUACGUGAAGAAUGAAGCGCAGAUUCUUCAGGCGUACGACAGCGACAGGUUCGCUGACAACAGGAAGAGACUGAGAACGGCAGCGCACCCGAAACUCGAAGAAGCGUUGUUAAGAUGGAUUGCCGAUUCGCGCGCCGCACAGCUGCCUUUGAGUGGCCCCCUUAUCUGUGCGCAGGCCGAAAAGUACGCGCUGAAGCUCAGCAUCGAAGACUUUAAAGCAUCGGAAGGCUGGAUUGACCGUUUUAAGAAAAGACACGGUCUGGUCUUCCGAAACGUGUGCGGCGAGAAAGGGGCUGUGAAUGAAGGCGUUGUCGAAGAUUGGAGGGCCGGAUUACCCGCGCGCCUAGCUGAUUAUGAUCCCUGUGACAUUUUCAACGCAGAUGAGACGGCCCUCUUCUACAAAGCCCUGCCGGAUAAAACCAUCACGUUUAAGGGGGACCCUUGCGUUGGCGGUAAACGAAGCAAGGACAGAAUAACUGUUUUGCUGGCUGCCAACAUGACUGGCACGGAGUGGCUACCGCUGUUGAUAAUCGGCAAAGCAGAAAAGCCAAGAUGCUUCAAAAGCAUUAAGAAGCUUCCCGUGGACUAUCGCUCCAAUCGAAAGGCGUGGAUGACUUCAGAGAUAUUCCAGGCCUGGCUGCGGGAACUGGACCGCCGCUUUUUUGCAAAAUCGCGCAAAGCGCUAAUGGUUAUAGAUAAAACUGCAGUGCGCACAACAAUGUGUCGGGGCUGA